AUGACCGCUACUCGUCGUGGUGCAACCGCAGAAUCACCGCCGAAACGGCCACCACAAUCGGAGACACCUACGUCGAAAUCGGCGGCCAGAAAACGCAAGAGAAACGAGGCAGAAGCAGCUGGAGCUACUCCGACCAACGAUGGAGCGCAGUCUUCCGCAUCGGAACCAGCAUUGUCAUCACGACCGAAGAGGACGAUUAGGAAAAGCGUACUGCUCUCGGAGGACUAUGAGGUUAUGCUACCAAACACCGUCAAGGAAGAACCUGAAGAUGAGGAGGAUAUGUCUGACAGACGAUCUGCAUCACAACCGGUCGAAGAAGCCGAGGAGCAGUUCGUCGAUAUCGAGUCGCCACCAGAGGACGAUGAACUGGAUGCUAGUGUGAAGGCAGAGGAACACCACCAUACACCAGUCAUACAGCGAAAAUCGCAAGCCAAAAAGAGCACAGCUCCUGCUCCUGCCCCUGCUUCUGCUCCUGCUCCAGCACCUGCUCCUGCACCCGCUCCUCCCCCUCCCUACAUUGAACCAGAGGAGCCCAUAGAAGGGGAGGUGGAUAUAGAAGGAAUUGAACUGAUGGGACACGAAAGCGGGAUUAUGACCCUAGCUGACGCUAUAGAUGUCGCUUUGGAGGAGGAAGUGUCUGGUGGAGAAGAAGACGAUCAGCCGCCAUUGUUGGAAAAGAGUGCAGAGCGCAAACGUCCACGAGGGAGACCUCGUAAACACAUUCCUGGCUCUGCCCUUAUACCAAGAGGUCGAACAGGGCGACUCGUCCCUUUGCCCAGGUCGCGAUAUGUGGCUGAUAAAGCUAUAAGCAAAGGAGAAGCUGAAAAAAUAAACAACUACAACAUUAAACUGUUCGAAAAUGAAGUGGGAGUGACUGAGUUUGGAGACCGCUAUGCGACAGUUAUUCCUGGAUGUCUCAGCUAUUUACUUCGCAAAGAGCGAAUUGUCGAACUGUUGACGGAACCUGCUGAUAUAGACGCGAUACGCGAACAAGGAUGGAUGUCACAUAAACCGCCUAGGCUACCUCCUUUGGUAUCAACAAAGGCAUGUUUUGCUUUUUACGUGGAAGGUUCAACAGUGAGCUCAGUCAGAGAGCUGUCCAGCGAUGAGUUGAAGCCAUGGACAACUACUGAUCCAGUAGAGGGUGAGCCGACUAUCAAGCCCAAUGUACGAAAGCAUGCAGUGACUAGGGAAGACGGUCGCUUAGUCCCAUGCAAGGGUGAUGGGCGAACAUCUGAAUUCCACCUUACUGAGUAUAGCGCUUGGCUUCCAAGACUGCUUAGACUAAGGAAAAAGAUCUUCUACGUAGCUCGACAGACUGGCCAGAUCGUGGGAAAUGUGCUAAUCUUGUAUGAUUUUACAAUGCCCGGAGAGAUCCCAUCAAUUAUGAACAUAGCACACGGAAAUGAUGCUUUGAGAGAUAUGCAACAAAUGGAUUUGUCAAUGGAAUUGCCGGUUGCAGAUGCAGAUAAUCCGUUUGUCGAAGGAAUCGUUCCUGGUGUUCGUGGAGAGAAAUUCCUCAAAGUCCAUCCAACAAAAAUUGGAUGGGUGAACAACAAAACGUUGUUGUUAAAAUAUCUCAUCAACGACCCGACAUUUUUGGAUGAAGCUGGUUAUCUGAACACGCACGUGCCCUUCCUUCCUCCCAUGAUUGAGGGACGAGGGGUGUUCGUCCAUUUUGCUCCAGCCACACUCGUAGCGGACCACAUCCAUCACACCGGCGAUGGUUUGUCGCCUUGGACCUUCCAAGGAGCGUCAAUGCAUAACCGCGUCCGUACAGUGAAACGAGCGCUGAUGCAAGAUUCAGAAGGCGUUUUUCGGUUGACCAAACAGGAUUGGCAGCAGACUGGUUUAGCUUUGGUCGAAACCAUUACCGUUUUAGCCAGAUGUCCGCGUUUGAGAAAAAGGGUUGUUUUCAUUCAACGCAACAAUCGUAUGGUCCUUGGCAUUGUCUGCUUCAUGUAUGAGUAUAUUAGAGAAGGUCCACUGCCAGAGAUUCUUCGUGACAACUCGAUCACUGUUCCUGGUCCGCCUAUCUCGGCGCGCCCUCCACCAGCUCACCAAAUGAUGUCAGAAAAGCCUCCCCCAGGAGAUGCUCAUGGAAAUAACGGCAUUGUUGAAGACUUUGUAGAUGUGGAGGAGAUUGUAGAUGGAGGCGAUGAGAAUAGCAUGUCUCUGAAUGCCACUGAAACUGAGUUUGAAGAAAUGCACGAAGAUUGUUUGGAUGGCGGCUGGGACGGCGAUUUUGAUGAAGAUUUGCUUGCUUCUCAAGAAAAUUCUGAUCCGUUCAUCGAUGGAGUUCGUGAACUUGAGAGUGGCCAUGUGUAUCUGACUGUCAGACAUAAGAGAAUGGCUGGAAACCUAGACACCAUUCUGCAAUACAUCAUAAAUACAAACUUUGUGGAGAACCAUGAUAUUCUGAACAGCUCGAAACCUCAGCAUCCUCCUCUGGUGCGAAAUGCUCGUGCAUAUGCUUUCUUUGUGGCUGGCAAUAUCGUAUACCCCCAUGACAUCAAUCGAGAUGAUUUCUCUCCGUGGUCAGGAAACGGAACUGCUGAAAAUCCUACCUGCUACCGCACGAAAGUGCGCAAAUUCCCCGUGAUAAGCGAUGAAGUAACCGGCCUGUUCCGAAUUGGUGUAGGCGACUAUCGCGCUGCUCCAUAUCAUUUGGUGCAUCUAUACAGCAUCCAUCCGAAGGAGACGAGGCUUAGGAAGAAGAUUGCAUACCUUAUGGAGACCGAAUCACGAACGAUCAUUAGUCACGUGAUGAUUAUGUACGAUUACCACACAGAAGGACCUGUUCCACGAAUUCGUGGUCCUUAUUCUAAACGUUUCAUGCGGCAGAAGCCGAGAAGGUUACCGAUGGACAUGUCUGAUACACUGGAUGAUGUUUCUGAGAUUUCGGAAUCAGAGAAGGAGAGUCCAUUUGGUCUGGGACCACAACAAGCGGAAGAUGGUUCCAUAUUUUUGGAUCUUACUGACAUGGAAUUUCUUAAUGAUCGGAAUCGGCAGCUGCAUUACCUUAUCAAUAAGCCCCGUUUGUUGGAAAAUCUUGCCUGUCUCAAUACUCGAGUGCCGAUGUUUCCACCGAUGACCACUCAGAGAGGCACUUUUAUAUUCUUUAUUGACGGUGCAGAGGUUGAUAUUCGCAAUCUUACAUGUGAUGCAUUAUCACCAUGGUCGGAGAGCUUGCAUAUGACCGAUGGCUCCAUCAUGUGCCGCCGACCGAAAACCAGUAAAAUAUCUUUGGGUUUGAAUAGGGAGGGCCACUUGCGGGUAAUGAAGAUGUCAAGAUCGCAAGGAACUGAUUACCAAAUGCAUAUAUAUGCGGCCACGCUACCGCGCCUGCCGAGACUGAAGAAGAGGGUUAUAUAUCUGACUAAAGGCGGUAUGCAAAUAGGCCACUCUAUGAUCAUCUACUGGUAUACUGAAGAAGGCGCUUUGCCGACGCAGGUUCCUCAUGGAAAUAGCAUCACUUCGGAGGCGUUGUAUACCCGUUUACCACCAUCAGUACGUGAUGAAGCACGACGUCUGCUAGCUACUCACCAGCCCUCGGAAGUUGCGGAGAUGCUGUCAAGCAAAAUGAAUUAUUCUGUACCUCCAAGAGCGCUUUACAACAUCCGACGCGAACUGAGGCGAGAACCGAGAUAUGAAGACGUGAAGAUGGAGGCAGCGGGGAUGGAAGAAAUUGACUAUAUUCCUGAUUGGAUACAUGCAGAUAUCGUGAACGCUAAGAAGCAGGGAGAAUUGGCUGCGCAGUCGGGCGAAAGUAGCCUGGUGGACGGUGGAGCUAUAGAUGUAUCACACACCGAGGAAGUGGCACAAGGAGUGUCGCCCAGAAAGAGCAUGCGACAGUUCCCUCCAGUACCAGGAGGUCAUCAACUUCGUGAGGAUGCCGUGUGGAAGUGUGCAAAAGAAGCGUUUGAUGCGAGUGACAACGAUGCAGUUUUUGAUGCCAUAUGGAGAAUGCUGCUGGACAAAAAUGAAGCUCGAUUGCUACAGAAUAUCAAAUCGGACUUUGGCAUCGAAAUCAUAGCUGAUCACCAUCCCAUCAUGGUUGAAGGAGAGCCCAUGGAAGCCAUGGUCGUGACCGAAGAGGGCCUAGUACCUGCUGAAAUCGUUGAUGAACGUUUGAUACCUGAAGGCGCAACCAUAGAGAAUGUGGAGAUUGUCGAGGAAAACGUUGUGAUCGAAGAGGAACAACAACAGGAAGGAGAAACGUCAGAGGCGGUAGAAGAGCAUGUGGUGGAAGAGCAAGUAAUCGACGAAAAUAUGGUGGAAGAACAUGUAGUAGAGGAACAUACAGAAACGCAUGAAGAAAAGCAGGAAGAAGAUCAUCCCACGGAUAAUAUUCAAGUAGUGGAGGAGGUGGAGAUACAGUCCGUAGAGACUGUAGAAACGGGACAAUAGAAAAAAGUUCUUGGAAUUGGACGCUCAAGUCAUUUUUCUGUUAUGUUUCUUUUCGAUAUUCAUGGAUCUAUGAUGCAAAGCUUAUGUUUGCUGUACUGAGAGUUUCUAUGUCAUGUAUUUUUUUUACCUUGAUAUCUUGAAUACCAGUAGGAGAUUGGGAGGCCUCAUAACUUUUUUCCGGUUAUCCAAAGCAUUCGCCUUCAUGUUGCUUUAUGGAAAUCAGAUCUUUUUUCUUCACUGAAAACAUUAGAUUCCCCCCUACUCCUGAAGACUUGGUACAUAGCCUUAGACCAUUAGCCUAGUCAGCUGCUACAGCACUUAUGCCAGGCUUUCCAUAUCUAGAUUAGUUUAGCUAAAAAAGGGGACUACUUUAGCUCCAUAGCUAUCGCCACACUACAUCAACGGUUACUACUAUUGUCAACUUCUAAGAUGUCCACCGAACCCAGUUUAUACUUUUGAAUGUUUCUGAAGUGUAUUUUGUGUAGUUAUUACGAUCUCAUUGCUAUGAUAUACUGUUAACCUUGUAUUUUCAGUGAUUUCAUUUAUAAAAUUGGCAGAUAUGUUCAUUCUAAUUUUGUUGCAUGGCGACAAAG